AUGGCCUCCGGACUCAUCCUCAACCCGCACAACCUCCUCCGCGCCGCCCCACUCGUCUCAUCCACCUGCACCCUCUGGUUCGCAUUCGACCAAGACCUCGUCCUAAAUGUCUUCCUGCACCCGGACCACCGUCCCCGCAGCAACGAAAUCCUACCAUCUUAUUUCAACGUCCUCUUCCGCCGCGGCGUUGUCCGCGUCGUAGGCCUCCUGGCCCUCUCCAUGGCGGGAGGCGGAUACAACAUUCUAAAGGACCGCCGAUCAGGGGUAGUCGCGGGACUCCAAUCAUCCUUGUCGUGGUAUGUAGCCGGCACGGUGCUUGCCGCUAGUCAUCUGCUUUAUGUGCCUGUUAUUGCUCCCAAGGUGCUGGCCAUCAUGGAGGAUUCGUCGAAGGGUUCCUCGACGGAGGAUCUGGAGGGUUGGUUGACUAUCCAUCGUGUAAGGACUUGGACGGUGGAUUUCGCAGCGUGGGCUUGUUUUGUGGUGGGGUUGGGGUUGGCCUAG